AGGGAUGACAAUAUGAGUGCAUUUCAUAGCAUAUCAUAACAACAACAACAAGAGUCGAGUGAAGACAAGAGUGAAAGCAUUGAGCGAUUGGUUUGCCAUCAAAACCAUCAUUGAAUCGCUGAGGAGUUGAACACACGAAGACAUUGACACCAAUUGUCUCAUUGCAACCAAUGGUGGCCUCAAUUCACAUGCAAUGCAUCACUCGUUUGUUGUGAUUGUCUAAUGUCUGAACGCAAACACCAAAUGAAUUGAUUUAAGUCUUGAUUUUAAUUGAAUAGCAAUUUAAUCGUCAAUUAAUUGUUAGUCUAUUUAUUUUGUGUCACAUUUCGUGUCAUUUAAAUCCCAUUUAAAUCCCGUUUUAUCUGUAAAUGCGAUAAACAAUACAUUCAUUGCAUUUGUAUUUGUGGUGCGUUUGCAUUGCAUUGUGUUUUAUUGUGCAAACAAAGUCAUCGAUUGGCCACACUUUUGGAUCAAUUGAAGUGAUAAUUGGUAUCAAUGGCCGCUAUAUUGAGGACAUUUGGCAUUAAAAAGUCCAAACAUAAGAAGUUGCCCGAAGACUGGACCGACUGUAAGGCACCCGUCAUCGAAGGCAUCACUUUUUACUGCAAAUACUUGGGAAGUACUGCCAUUGAAGAGCCGUCCAGUGAUGUGUUGACCGCCGAAGCAAUCAAACGUAUCAUUCAAAUGGCCAAAGCGAGCGGAAAGAAGUUAAGACACGUUUCCAUUAAUGUAAAGCCCAUUGGCAUCAGUGCUAAUGACUCCAACUCUGGGGAACAGCUCUUUAAUCUCUCCAUUUAUCGGAUCUCUUACUGUUCAGCGGAUGCGACCUUUGAUCGAGUGGUGGCUUUCAUAGCGACCAACGCUAACGAAACCCAUGAAUGUCACGCAUUCCUUACCCCCAAACGCAAGAUAGCGGAGGCCACGGCUCUCACCAUUUCUCAGGCAUUCAGUAUUGCUUUCGACAAAUGGAAACAAAUCUCAAACAAUGCCGACGAGCGCCGCACCAAUCGCUCGAUUGACCCGCAAAACAAAGCCAUCAACAAAGAGGACAAGACUGGACCUGUUGUGCCCACUCGUCAGGCAUUGAAUGAGACGCCACUCAUUGAUCUCAGUAGCGAUGAGAACGUCCGUCCGGACAGACCCUCCACCGCUCACUACGGCUUUGACGAUAACUUUUUCCGAUUGGGUGACAAUAAAGUGAUUGGACAGCAGUUAAGCAAUAAUCUAAAUAUCGGAAACUUUGAGAAAUUGCAUGAAUUUGUCCAAAAAGAGGUGAAAGAGAGUCAAAACAGCGAAAAGUUCUUCGCCGACGACGACCUCUUCUCGUUGUGAAAUCAUAUGAAAGCAUUU